AUGAAAGUUAAUUAUGGCGGAGAAGAACCUCCUUAUUUUAGUGCCCGAGCCAUUUAUAAAAUUAAUUUUCCUCCUUCUCUCUGGAAUGAAUUAACUACCAAGCAACAAGAAUUAGCCAAGAAAAACGGACACGGCGAACUUAAUUUAAGAGAAGAACAAAAUCCUAAUAAUCCUGCUGAGCUAGACAACAAUGCCCUUUUUUACGGAGCCCCCAGAACUGGCAAAUCAGUCAUGGCCGAAAAACUGGCUUAUGAGUCUGAUAUGCAUCCUUUAGUAGUAAUUCAGGGCUCAACUUUGACCCCUAAUAAAUCUGAUACUGAUGCUAAUGUCACACUUUUACUAAAAUUUAUCUUUACCAUUAGUGCUAUUACUCACGAUUUAGUAAAUAAUUUUGGUUAUGUAAGGGAGGAAGGAGACGAUAAUGUUAAUCCUGCUGUCUACCAGUCCGGAAGAUUAAGUAAUCCGUUAUGUUUUAAUAUGACCCUGAAUGCUGAGGAUAUUAAGCAUGUCAAUCGUUUUAAUAAAAUCCUUUUUGACAAAUAUUUUCUGGGUAAAGUUGCCAGAAAUAACUCUUAUUUGGCUAGUUUUUAUAGUAGCAAUAAAGGUCAGGUAGAAACAUUGGAAAAGAGUAUUAGCACGGUUUUAAACCAAAACCAAACUGGCUCUGAACCAAAAGUCCCUAGCAGCAAUAGCGGCAGUAAUAGUGAUACACCUUAUUAUUUACCAGGGGCGGUUCAGGAGGCAGUAAGUUAUGGCUCUAAUGCCUUGAUGAUUUAUUUGGGGGCACCCCAAAAUACUCGUCGCCGACCCUUGACUGAAUUAAAAAUACCGGAAUUUCGUCAAAUUCUAGCAGAAAAUAAUAUCAAUAUUGACAAUGUUAUAGUCCAUGGUCCUUAUGUAACAAAUCUGGCUAAUCCCGACCGAACAGAAAUUUUUCACUGGUCGGUGGAAUUUCUGAAAAAAGAAGUUACUCGCAUGGAAGCAAUUGGCUUAAAAACACUUAUUCUUCAUCCCGGCAGUGCAGUUGAUGCACCCAUUAAUGAUUCUCUAUCCCAGGUGGCUCAUGGAAUUAAUUUAAUUCUCCAAAAAAGCGUCCAAGCCCGCAUCGUUUUAGAAACCAUGUGCGGUCGGGGCAGCGAAGUAGGAAUAAAUUUCGAACAAUUGAAAUACAUUAUUGACCGGGUUGAACAAAAAGAACGAGUGGUCAUCCACAUUAAUGAUAGUGCGGCAGAAUUAGGAGCCAAAAUUGACCGCCACGAAAAUAUUGGCUAUGGAAAGAUUGGUUUAGAAACUUUGAAAAGAAUAGAUGGACAACCGACCAAAACUCCUCCCAUUUCCCCUCCCGUUUAUCCCGAGGAGCAAGAUGAUUGUCCUUAUAAUGAAAAGAGUUUGACGACUUUUUCCCAAAGUCGAACUACCGAUUUGAUAGUUAUUGUGCGAAAAAUCCCCCAUGGCGGCCCCCAGGUUAAUAUUGAUGAAGGGUUUGGAAUGAGGAACGAGGACGAACGGGGAGACCGCGGCCAAGUAAGAAAAAUAAUUAAUUUGGCCUUCCAGCAAGAAAAUAUUGACCCCCAGCAUGCGAUUUAUUUAGCUUUAUUAAGCGUUCUCCACUGGAAGCCAAUUUCCCGACAAGUGGCGGCUACUGGCACCCUAGGAAUGUCAGAACAAAAAGGAACUAUAAACGGUCAAGAAAUUAUUUUGCCCCCCGGAACUAAUUUGCCGAUUGCUGGUCUCCGCGAGAAAAUUAUUGCUUGUGCGGAAAAAGGAAUUAAUAAAGUAGUACUCUCUAAAUUUCAGUCCUCUCCUAAUCUUUUAGUCAAAAAGGACGAUUUAAACCCGACAAUAGAAUUAAAAUUUCCCGAUUAUCAAGAAGUAGUUCCAACUGAAAUUAAGGCUAAAAUAAAGGAAAUCCAUUGA